AUGCCGUCUGCUCACGCCCAUACCGUAGGCGUAGGCGAAAAAGGCGGCUCGCAGUCUUCCCCGAUGUCGCCGAACGAGCCGGAGGACGACGACGACAUCUGCCCGGUGUGCGAGAGCGAGUGUACCUGCGCGAACAGGUCUCGCAAUACCAGCUCCCUGCAGACCAACAGUUAUUCAAGUGGUUAUAUAUCUCAAGAUGUACCCAGAAAAAUAAGCGCUCCUACAUCUACAACGUCGGGGCUAGCCUCGCUAAAGAUCAAACUUACGUUGCCGCCUCGGCCGCCUCAUCAACCUCAUACGUCAACCAGCGCAAAGCCAUUCGCUUCACGCUCGCACUCAUCCAAGAAAAAGGCCAAAGACCCUGUGGAGACCCUUUCCAGCAAAAUCGCGUCGGAAAACGCCUCUACGUCCUCUCCCAUUGCCGAACGUGUCGUAUCUGGGGGCGCACACGAGCUACAACACAAUGCCACAGGUUCUAUCCCGAAAAAACGAGGCCGGCCGAGGAAGGCCGUAGUCGCAGCUCGCGAAGCGGCAAAGAAUGCCUCGGAAGCAAAACAUCCGGUCGUGGUCACUGGCCAAUCAAAUGGCAACGUGGUCGUCGCGAGGCAAUUACAAGCCUCGUUAUCUCGUAGAUCUUCACAAAUAGCUUCCUCUUCCACAACCAAGGAAAAGGGCAAAAAAUUGCAUGGCGCUGCUGCCGCAAGUCGUGCAAAAGCACAGCAACGAAAAGCCCAGCAAAAGACUAAACGUUGCAAAUCGAACCGGCAGGCCGUUAUCGAGGAUGAGAGUUCGGAACUUAGCGAACUUGACGAUGACGAUGAGAUGGCUGAUCUUCAUUCAUUUGGCCUUCCAACAUUCGUCCCAGCGUUUUCUUCUUCUUCUAACAGCUCGUCAUCUGACUCUGGUUCUGACACGGAUUCUGAUAGCGGCAAUAAGGUACCCCCUUUCUCCCGGUCCCAAGAUUCUCCGUCAUUCUUGUUGAGUGAUAAUGAGUACGCUCGCCGCAAGCGAGUGUAUCAUAACAAGUGGGACCUUCGCAUCCGAAAAAGAAGCGUAGGUGUGGAUGAAAGUACCGACACUAAUAUGGAUACUGACAGUGGCGAGGAAGGAGAAGAGGAACAGGACGACGAAGAAGACAAUGAAGCGGAUGAAAAUGAUGACGAUGCGGACGAUCCGAGUGUGCAACAGGAAGUACGUUACUCGGGGAUUGCCACUGGUUGGACCGAUGACGACGAAAGCAGCUUUGACGCAGACUUAUUUUUCGCUAACCUGAGUGAUUCGACCGGUGAAGAAAGUGGCGAUGAGCGAAUGGUUGACGCUGAGAUUGAUCCCGCUGACGAAGGUACCCAGGACGAUGAGAUGUAUGCAUCGAAUGAAGGACUAAGUGCCGCCGGCUUCGACAUGAUGCGGCUUUCUGAGAUUGCUGCUGCGGGGUUUCUCGCACCCUUUGCUGAUCUUGACCGUAAUACUGCGGAGAGUUUCCCUUUCGGACAAGGUUGGGAUCAGCUUUCACUUUCCGGUAGCCUCAGGGACACCAUAUCUGGUCUCGAAAUUGAGCCAACACGCAGACUUCCUCUCGGUUCUUCACUGGGUUCCCCGAUUCCAGGGUACGAAGAAGCCGAAGCCAUGAUGGCAACUUCGGAAGAGGAGGAGGCUGUUGCAAUGUUUGACAAUUGCUCUGGGGACCUUGAAGAGGAGACGGGCGUCGAAUUCUAUGAGGGCAGCGACGGAGAAACGACCGAGGAUGAGUUUGUCGACGUAGAUGGCAUUGCUACACCCCGGCGUGAAGUUCUCCUUCACUUCCCAGCAUCACUUGGUGCUAUCGACCCUAUGUCAACGCUCAGCAGUCCUACGAAGGGACCAACAGAGCGAGAAAGGGCCUCUUCGUCUGUUUCAUCCACCCGUAGUUCAACCAGGCCGCCUCUCAAACCUAUUGAAAUCUUGUCAAGGAAGUCUUCCUCGACGAAGCGCAAAGAGGCCACUAAUAUUGAUACCGUCGACGCAGUCUCUGGACAGACUCAUUCUGCCCCGACCAUGGGCUCAUUCGUUCCUCGGGCAUUUGACAAGACUAGACGCGUGCUCAUCUCAAGCUCAGGUAGUAAUUCUGGAGGUGCCAUUCCCUGUCCAUAUCCAGCUGUGAGAAGACUUCGCGGACGUGGUACUUCAAUAAGUGUCCUGAGCCGUAGUGGCAGUGAUCGUUCUUAUCGUUCACGUACACCUUCGCUGCUUAGUGCUGCUCGCUCGCCUUACGAGACAUUUGGUUCUGGUGAUUUUGAGAGCACUGAUGAUUCUCAACUGCCCCAUGGUGAACCUAUCCAACUGGACGAUGUGAUCGACACCAAAUUCCUUGAGCCGGAACGUUCUGACGCUACUGUCCCCGAUUCUGCGGCGUCUGAAACGGGUGAAGUGAUGGACACUUGCGAGUCCGACUCCGAACGCGCUCGUCACAUCGAGAAUUUGCGUAGAUGGGACCGGAUCCCGAUAGAUGCAUUCCGCAAGACGCGUGCGGCUGGGGCCACGGGUGAUUUCAUCGUGAAUAAGAUGGACGUUGUCGGUACACCUCGUGCACCUCGUCCAUCUGAUGGAUUCUCUUAUGGCUCUGCCGUUGGGAGCAUGCUGCGUGGCAGUCCUUUAAGUACGGCAUUGUGGAACUCCGGGAGUUCUGGUGCCCAAACCGAGCACAAUAACAGUACGCCUCGUGGAAACAGAAGGGGAAAGCUGGCUUCGUUAAUGGUAUCACCAAUGCUCCUUCCUGUUCGUGAUGGAGACCGUACUCCAACGAGCGAGCGUCAGCAACAACACGCUCAACUUGCACAGCAAAACGUCAAGUCCCGGAAGGAACUGCGCAAGGAAAAGAAGCGCAGUCGUAAGUUUUUCGGGUCUGCGACAUCUCACACCCGCCACAACCAUUUCCCGAAUUCUAAGAGCAGGGCUACGGCCAGCAUGCAACGCUCGUCCAUUCCAUCCCUCAGCCUUUGA